AUGGCACCAACGCUUCACCGACGCGACAGCGAGGUUAUGGCAUCUCUCUAUCUAUACGACCCAUCGAUGGCUGCAGCCUGCGUUUUCACCGUCCUGUUCUCUUUCACCCUCGCCGCGCACACGAUCUUAUGUUACAAAAAACAAACUCGCUACUUCAUCCCAUUCAUAGUUGGCAUCGUCUGCGAAAUCCUGGGUUAUGUGUCUCGUGCUAUAUCGGCAGCUCAAACACCAAACUGGCAGGUUAUGCCUUACGCGCUGCAGUCCCUGAUGCUACUCAUCGCCCCUUCGCUGUUGGCAGCAUCCAUCUACGGUAUGCUAGGUCGGCUGAUCAUCCUAGCAAAUGGACGCGACUAUAGUCCCGUUAGGCCUGAAAUUCUUACAAAGGUGUUCAUCACGAGCGAUAUUUUGUCAUUCUUGGUACAAAGCGGAGGUGGAGGUAUUCUCACAAAUGCCAAGUCGCCGAGUAAGAUUCAACUGGGCGAAAAUGUCAUCAUCGUUGGCCUUUUCAUUCAGCUCAUUGGUUUUGCUCUUUUCAUCGCCGUCACUGGAGUCUUCCACCGGCGGAUUUCUCAAGAGUCUAGAAUCCGAGGGCAACGUCUGAGACACGCCGUCUCUUGGGACAAGUUUCUUUGGAUCUUGUACGGCGUCAGCGUACUAGUCUUUGUUCGUUCGCUAUUUCGCGUCAUUGAGUAUAUUCAAGGUUAUGAUGGAUAUUUGCAAACAACUGAGGUGUUUCUCUACAUCUUUGAUGCUACUCUCAUCUUCCUGGUUACAUUCAUCCUAGCCGCGUUUCACCCUAGCAAGGUUAUGACCGUGGACGACGACGGCAACAUUGUCUCCCCCGAUGGCUCACAUGAAUUGAGGAGCUUUGUAUCGUUGGGAACUUACAGCGCCCAAGACCUGAGCGUCAGUCUGGCCCCGAAGGACAAUACCAGAGGAGGCUAUGGGCACUGA